AAGAGUAAGAGGGGCCAUCGAAGUGAAGUCAUAGUAUCAGGAGCACAAUGAAACACUCCAACUUCCCCCUCUUUGCUCCUUUGUUCAUCCUUCCCUCUGUCUGUGCUGGCACAGCAGGGUUGCAGUCAUGCAUGUGGACACUGUCUUUCUUGUGUGUCCUCUGAUUUUUGCAGCCACACUGUGGAGGAGAGUCCAGGCUGUCUCUCCUGUGCCCUCAGUCCCUGACCGUGUCCAAGCACUGGUGGGCUCCUGUGUGGUGAUCCCCUGCUCCUUCACUCCUCUAGCUCCUCACCCUCCCAGGGGGAGGAAGGAGAGGGUGGAUGUCCGGCUGAGGUUCAGAGGUGGCGGUCACUUGUUCCCUCUUCGCAGCACCGCUUUUAACAGCGAGGACAGAGAUCAAGUGAGCCGGGAUUUCCAAGGCCGGACGUCGCUCUUCGGGCGAGUCACAGAUGGAGAUUGCUCGGUGAAGAUCGAAAGGGUCAGCCAGGAUGACUCACGGGUGUUUGAGAUCGCUCUGAAGAGAGGUGACAGCUUACUGUGGGGGAAGCCAAGGAGCUUCAAUCUGGAUGUUGUGGACACCCCUGAGGCUCCCGUCAUCAGCGGCAUGUUGUCUGCCACAGAGGGACAGCUGGUCACCCUGAACUGCUCCGUCAGCUAUCACUGCCCCUCCAGACCUCCGGCCCUACAGUGGAGCUGGGAGAGAGGAGCCCAGGUGAACAGCACGGAGCCUGGGGAGGUGCAGACACUUCACCCAGAGCCCCACAGGCCGAUGUUACUGGCCUCUUUGUCCUUCACUGUGUCACAUCAGGUGAAACCCCGGCUCAAAUGUGAAGUCAGCUACCCAGGAGCCAAAGCGUUGGCCAUUUCAAAGGAUCUGCAUGUGACAUUCUCACCAAAAGAUGUAAAGGUUCAGGUCCAGUCCUUGAUAGUGCAGGAGGGGGGCAGCGCCUUGUUGGUCUGCUCGUGUAAAGCUGACCCGCCGGUGUCUGAGUAUCGCUGGUCCUACAGUCAGCACGGCCGUACAGUGCACCUCGACCAGCGCACACACACAGUCCGGGUGCACAACGUGACACGAGACAUGAGGGUCCGCUGCUCAGCAAAGAACCUGAUCGGUCGAGGAGAGUCCCGGCCCACGCCGUUAAACAUACAAUAUAAACCAGCCAUCCUCCGGCUCUCCUCCACCUGUGUUGUGGACGAUUCAGAGUUGUUGUGUCGCUGUUCGGUCGACUCCAACCCCAAACCAGCAGUCACCUGGAGCGUGAAUGAUACCGUUCCACCUGGCAAUUACAACGUUUCCGUAACAUCUGAGCGCAACACGCUAACAGCCACACUGAAGGGCCACAUGGACAAACCUCAGACUGUGAUCUGCUUUGCUUUCAACGCGCUAGGAAAUGACUCGCUGAUGUUGCUGCAGGGAGGAGAAGAGACAGCACCUUUGCUGUGGAUGUUGAUACCCGCUGCGUCCAUCUGCCUGCUCAUAUUCCUUCUGUCUCUUUGUUUCUACUGCUGCCGAAAGAGAGCUGGAAAAAAUGUCCUGAGUCGACGCCCGGCCGUGUACCCUGGAGGACUGGGAAUUUACCAGGACCGAAUGCCCCUCUAUAUAAACUGCACAGAAGUGACUCAUAUCUACACCAAUGGCAGCUACCAACUUGUAUACCAGAACUGCACACCACUUUUUGUCCACACUAAGCAGAUGCGUCCGAUGGCCCGAAGAGGAGGAGAGAGAAGAAGAGGAGGAGAAGUUGGAGGAACAGACAGACGAGUGGGUCUGGGGGUGAGAGGCACAAGAGAGGUGCAGGGCACUGCUGCGGCUGAUGCAGAGACAGCCAUCUACUUGGAGAUCCUCUGAGCUCACUGUGAGAGUGACAUGAUUCACCUGCUACAUUAAACUCACAUUAGACUUCAGAUUCAAUCUCACACUGGCGGUAAUGCAUAGCUUAUGUAACAUUCAGUUAUUUGUAUAUAUUGUUAAUCCAUAUUGAACUAUUUGAGUGUUUGCCUGUGACGUGCCUGUGUGCUGUUCUUUGUUUUUUAUGAAAUAUGAAACGGAUUGAUAA